GUCGGCCGCCGUGUGGCGUCGUCGGUGAACUUCGCUGGAUCCGAAGAGGGCGUGGGCAGUGCUUCAUGAAUAAUGCAGCACGUCAGCAGGCGGCGGGGCGGGGCGUGGCCGGCGCGCCCGCUCUGGAGCCGGGAAGGGGGGCCGGGUAGCAAUGGUCGCAAGAUGGCGGCACUGAAGGAGGAUCAGAGCUACGGGCUGUCGUGCGGGCGGGUGAGCGACAGCAGCAAGGUGUCCGUGUUUCACGUGAAGCUCACCGACAGUGCCCUGAGAGCCUUUGAGACCUACCGCGCCAGCCAGGAUUCUGUUUCACUGAGACCAUCAAUUCGAUUUCAAGGAAGCCAAGGGCACAUCUCCAUCCCGCAGCCGGACUACCCCUCAGAGGCUCGGAUCUUCUCCUUCUACCUCUCCAACAUUGGCCGUGACAGCCCCCAGGGCAGUUUCGACUGUAUCCAGCAGUACUUAUCCAGCCAUGGGGAUAUACACCUGGACUGCUUGGGUAGCAUCCAGGACAAAAUCACAGUGUGCGCCACCGAUGACUCCUACCAGAAGGCACGGCAGAGCAUGGCACAAGCUGAGGAGGAGACACGGAGUCGGAGUACCAUCGUCAUCAAGCCCGGAGGCCGCUACCUGGGCAAGAAGGUUCAGUUUAGGAAACCAGCCCCAGGGGCGACGGAGACUGUGCCCUCCCGGAAGCGGGCAACCCCCAUUAACCUGGCAAAUGCCAUCAAGAAAAGUGGUGUUAGCGGGGGCGGUGGGGUAUCUCAGAGGCCUUUCCGUGACCGGGUGCUACAUCUUCUGGCACUGAGGCCCUACCGGAAGGCUGAACUGUUGCUGCGGCUACAGAAGGAUGGCCUGGCGCAGGCAGACAAGGACACGCUGGACAGCCUCCUCCAACAGGUGGCCAACGUGAACGCCAAGGAUGGGACUUGCACACUGAAGGACUGUGUGUACAAGGAUGUGCAAAAGGACUGGCCUGGCUACUCCGAGGGGGACCAGCAGCUGCUAAAGCGCAUGCUUGUCAGAAAGCUGUGCCAGCCACAGAGUGCAGGUGGCCUCCCUGGAGACCCUGCUGCCGCCAGCCCUCCAAGAGAGCAUGGGAGCUCAGUCUCACCCCCCCAGAAACGUCCUCAGCCUCCUGAUUUCAUUGACCCCCUGGCCAACAAGAAACCAAGGAUAUCGCACUUCACCCAGAGAGCUCAGCCCGCCGCCAACGGGAAGCUGAAUGUGCCCCAUGGUCGGGAGGCCCUACUGCCCACCCUUGGCCCCCUGGCGGGCACAGAUGCCCACCUACCCCCACGGCUGGAUCCUCCGAGGGCACACGACCCUCUGGCUGAUGUCAGCAAUGACCUGGGCCACAGUGGCCGGGACUGUGAUCACGGGGAAAUGGCCACCCCAGCCCCCACUUCCUGCCUUAGCCUGCCCCUGCUGAAGGACUGUGCCCAGCCCAGCAGGCCCCACGGUGGCUCCUCUCGCGGCAAGUCCAAGAAGAAGUCCAAGAAGCACAAGGACAAGGAUAGGACAGCUGGGGACAGGCAUCGAGCCAGGCCGCCAGAACUUGUGUCCGGCUCCCUCGGAGCCCCGCCAGUCAACCUGGGUUUAAAUGGGACCUGCAACAGCUCAAGCGUCCCCACGUCAACUUCAGAGACACCAGACUACUUGCUAAAAUAUGCCACUAUCUCCUCCUCAGAGCAGCGCCAGAGCUACAAGAAUGACUUCAACGCCGAGUACAGUGAGUACCGAGACCUGCACGCCCGCAUUGAGCAGAUCACACGGCGGUUCACGCAGCUGGAUGCCCAGCUCCGGCAGCUCUCCCAGGGCUCCGAGGAAUACGAGACUACUCGUGGGCAGAUUUUACAGGAAUAUCGCAAAAUCAAAAAGACCAAUACCAACUACAGCCAGGAGAAGCACCGUUGUGAGUACCUGCACAGCAAGCUGGCCCACAUCAAGAGGCUCAUUGCUGAGUAUGACCAACGGCAGCUGCAGCCUUGGCCCUAGCCCCAGCCACAGGGCAGGAGCUUGCCCUCCCUGGAUUGACCCUUCUGGAUGGCAAGGGAGCUGGGGCUUUGGGGGUGGGGAGAGCUAAAAAAGGGGAAAAUUUUUAUUUAACAAAAUAAACACAAGGAAGACACGUCUAUCUGAGCCAGCAACGCCGGCUUUCAGGGGAGGCCCUGCAGAUCUGGCAUCCACAGGACACAGAUCCAGGUGGGGUGUCCCGAUCCCUGAGCCCCAUACCUCCAGAGCAACCCCCAUCCAGGACACGCUCCCCAGGAAGCCCACCUCUUCGCUGACUGCAGCCCAAGGGGCUUCAGCUUCCUCUCACCAGAAGACUGGGCUGGCCUGCCUGCCUUUUCUAGUUUUAUACAAAGACAGCCACUUUUAGCUACUGCUCAUGAGACUUGAGUCUAUUUUUGUAUGAAAGAGAAAGCAUUUUUUUCUAAACCUGUGCCUCCCCUCCGUGGACGCCCAGAGUCUAGACGCUGCCCUGUGUCCUUUCUGCAGUAUUACAGAUGCCAUUGGAGAGUUGGGCAGGGGAUCAGCCUUGGUCACCUCUCCCAUGCUGGGCUCUGGCUGAGUGCCUGGCCAGGCUCUCCAGGCCCAAGCAAGGGUGGGCGCUCUCUAAGGGGGUGUGCAGGGCAGGUCAACCCCCAGGUCUAUUUUGAGAACUCCAGCUGGUCCCCAGAGCAGCUGCUGGAGCCCCUGUCCUGUCCUCUAUUUCAGGCCCUCAGCUGUUGGGGCACUAGGCUUCUCUGUGCUCCAAGCUCAUUAUGCAGCAACAGUGCUGGACUUUAUUUCAUGUUCUCCAUUUCCCCUUUGCUGCUGCUUUUUAUGUUGUACUGUUGAGACCUCACUCCAUUCCUCAGUCCCCUUGUGGGUCCUGGGGUGGUCUUAGCAGAGCCACCAUGGGGUAUGCACUCAGGGAGGGGCUGGGGGUUGGUGAGGUCCGGGGACCUCCGAGAGUGAGCACAGGCUGUAUGGAUACCCCAAUUGCUGCUUAGUCACUGUGCCUAGUAUAGCGUCCUCCAGAGCAUCGGGGAGCUGUGUGUGUGCGCGCGCGCAGCCCCGGGCACCAGGGCGUGGUGGGGUCUGAGGUUUGUACAUAAGAUUCAGAGCCACCCUCAGUGGGUGGCACAUGGCUGUGACCCACCCCCCACAGGGAAGCGGCAGUGCUCACAGCAUAGCUGUGUAAGCUGUGGGGUGUCUCCUGAUGUUUCCCAAAGAGAGGUCCCUUGUGAACACCUGCACUGUGCCCACCCGACAGUCUCUUCCACGGGCCCCCGGGUGUCAGCACCAAGGAAGCUCAUCCUUCAUGUUUCACCAGCUGUUAUGUUGUUUUUCAUUUGGGACAUAGUGGGUGAAGAGCUGAGCAGACCCUGGACCCCAAGUCGUGCAGACAGCUGUGUUUGUGGACAGGCAGUCUGGUGACAAGGGAUGUUUAAGGAGGCCCAGCCCUCUGCCCUGGGAACCUCGUCAAGGGACUCUCCAUUGAAUUUUCUUUUUGUUGUUGUUUUUCUUCCUUUUAAGGAAUUAUGAAGCUAAGAAAAGUUUUGUGCUUUGGGGGUUGAUGGACAAAAGUUCUAGCUGAUUAAAUAUGGUCUUAACUUAUUGAUACUGUUAUUUCUUUUUAAUAUUGUACUGUGGAGGAAAACUAUUUGAGCCAUGGAGUUGGUGUUUACAAGAACUUUUCACUUUUGCCAAAAUGUUACAAUUGAAAAGCACCCACGUCUUCAGUUUCCUAAUAUUUUCUUAAAGAUCUAGUGUCCUUUUUGUACACUAAACAGGUGAAUGCUGAUUUUUCAACCUACAAUAAAUUUCACUGAACUGA